AUAAGCGAAAUCUUGGCCAAACACCACCCACAUAUCUCUCCCUCAAUACAUCUUCUUGAGCUCCACCUCCCAUCCUCGCCGGAGCUUCCGCCUCACCAUCACACCACCACAUCAUUGCCACCGCACCUCAUCACGGUGCUACAAAUGGCGUUUCAAGAGACAAAGAGAAUGUUUUAUGACAUCAUUUCAACUCUAAAUCCUGAAUUGCUCAUAUACGACGGCUUCCAGCCUUGGGCAGCUUCUCAUGCUUCUUCCCUCAACAUUCCUUCCGUUCAUCUCAUCACGACUGGAGCGGUAACGAUGUCACACUUUCUACACUUGUUCCAUGUGGAUGAGAUAAAGUGUGAUGAGUUUCGUUUUUUGCCUAUUCAUUGUCAUGACAACCACGAGAUGAGAAAAUUUGUUGAGAUGUGCAGUAGCGCCAACGAGGAAGAAGUUAUAGACAUUGGAGUGUUGUGCUUUAGAUCCCUCCAUUUGUCUAAGAGUUUCAUCUUGAUCAAUACUUGUAUUGAGAUCGAAGACAAGUACAUCAAAUAUCUUUCCCUUUUGACCAAAAAGGAAGUAAUCCCAAUCGGGCCCCUUAUUCGAGAAACGAUGGAUGACGAUGAACACGAGGAGAUCAUAGAAUGGUUACAAAAGAAAGAAGAGUCUUCGUGUGUAUUAGCAUCAUUCGGAAGUGAGUAUUACAUGUCAAACAAAGAAAUUGAAGAGAUUGCUCGUGGUCUAGAGCUAAGCAAUGUGAACUUCAUAUGGUCACUAAAGUUCCCGACAGGAGUGAACACGAGCAAGGAAGAAGCCAUGCCACGAGGUUACCUUGAAAGGAUGAAACACAAGGGAUUAGUAGUCAAGGGUUGGGUCCCACAAGCCAAGAUUUUGAGCAACAAAAGAAUAUGCGGGUUCUUGAGUCAUUGCGGGUGGAACAGCGUGUUGGAGAGUUUGGCAUCUGGGGUGCCAAUAAUAGCCUUGCCAAUACAUCUAGACCAGCCUAUAAAUGCUAGGCUAAUGGAGGAGAUUGGGGUUGGAGUGGAGGUGGUGAAGGGGGAGAAUGGGGAGAUAAAGGGAGAGGAAUUGGCAAAAGCUUUGAGGAAGGUUGUGAUGGUAGGGAAGAAGAGUGGAGAAGCACUAGAAACUUCAAUGAAUUCCAAGGCUAAGGAAUUGAGUGAGAGGAUAAAGUUGAGAGGUGACAAAGUGAUUGAUGGUGCAGUUGACAAGCUGCUUCAACUUUGCAAAGGGAAGAACUAAUAAACAAAAGGGUCUUCUUGUAUGGUUGGGCUUAAUGAUUAGCUAGAGUCCAUCCUUUCUUAAAUAAUGUGUCUUAACCAUC